UAAGAGCGAAAACAAAAGAAGAACAAUAACUAAACCAUUUAAGAUCGAUACUCUUUAAAUUAAAGAAGAAAUAUCAGGGGAAAAAAACAGAUUAGUGGAAUGGCAAAACGUGGAAAACCCAGCAACGUCAUAGACGAUAUUCAACGCCCAGGUGGGGACGACGUACUGAAGUGUCCGUUAUGUUUGGAUACGUUCGAGACACCACGUGCGUUGGCGUGCCUCCACACAUUUUGCGAACCGUGUUUAAAGUUUCAUAUCACUGAUCUUAAGGCGUCUAUGCGUGACGGGAAAUUGGACAAGGUUCCGUGUCCUGUUUGUGAGCGCCCAUCCGUGCCGCCUGAUGUCCUCAAGCAUCCUCACGAAAUGGUGAAGGAUUUCCCUCUCAACCACUUCCUGUUACCGCAUCUGGAGGUCGCCACUCCGCGAAGCCGCACAAACAACAUUGCGCACGGCCGAAAGGGUGUCAGUUUUGUGCAAUGUUGCGGGUCGUGCACGGCGAGCGGCCGUGCCGUGGAGGCUACAGCGUACUGUCAAGAUUGCGAGGAUUUUCAAUGUUCUGAAUGCGUCGAUAAUCAUAUGAAGAUGAAACUUCUUAUGCGUCAUAAUAUAGUUGGAUUGGACCAAGUCACUAGUGGCCAUGCAAUUUCAAAAUCAUUUGAUAAGCAUAAUAUAUGUAUGCAUCAUCAAACGCAAUAUGCACGGUUUUACUGCGCCAAUCAUGAUGUAUUAGUUUGUAGCGAUUGUACCGUCGCGAAGCAUAAAGCAUGCGAUAUUCUAACAGAACUUGACGACCUUGGUGUUCAGCUUAAGCAAGGUGAAAAGCCAAAACAGCUGAAAGACAAUAUGAAAGGGCUACAAAAAGCACUUGGUGAUAUGGUAGAUGCGAUAAGAACAAAUAACUAUGGUAUUAAGCGAGAAUCUGAAGAAAUACCGAAGCUAAUCCAGUCUAUGAAAGCCAAGGUGCUUCGCCUGUUUCAAUACCUGGAAGAAGCGGUCGACGAGAAAAUCCAAUCCUUCCAAGACGAGUACAGCAACCGGAACUCGGAAAGGGCCUUCCGAUACAAGCAGCUCCUAGUAGCCAUAGAAGCGUCCACAGCCGCCUUAGAGACUGUUCUUGAACACGGGACGUACACGCAGGUGUUUUUCACUUUUCAUCGCCUUAAAGCUCAGUUGCAGGAAUACGAUGACUUAAUUAAGGUGGAAAAGGAUAACCUUACUUGUACAACCAUACAGCUUAAAUUGGACGACGCCACUGAAUCAGUCGUAAACGCAACUGAGCGUCUUGGGGAUGUAUUUGUUGAGAACAUUAAACCAGAUCUUGCGGAACUUCCACCGCUCUUGUUUGCGCGUCGCGAAGAAAGCGUAGACGAUCUGAACCUGGAGUUAGUGAAAACAUGUCACCUGAAAAAGUCAGAUCCGAACAUAACAAGGCAAUGUAUCUCUGCAACAUACAUGGACAAAAAGCUGGCUCUGAUCUUUGAAGUUAAAAACAGAACUUGGUUUUCUUACACCCUCUCUCUCAUAAGCACUGAAAAAAUGGAAGAAAUACAUACAUCGGAACUUAAACGUGACCCUAAACAUGUCAUAGCACUUGAUUCCAACAAUCUUGCAAUAACUUUCCCAAACGGAGGCUUCAUUGAAUUUUAUCUGUAUACAGCGCAAAGAAAGAAGAAGCCCCUCAAGUUUGAGCUUAACCACAGCGUCAAAUGCGAUAUUCGGAACGCAAUCGUAGCGAAAUACAGCAAACGGGAAUUCGCCAUUAGCACGUGCAACUAUUUUGGCACGAUGACGCACGAGGGAGUCACGAAACAGCUGUUCUAUUACAGUGUCAGUCUGCGCGUCCGCGAGACAGACUUCUGGUCAACACAGCUUCUCGUUGAAAACGUCGUCGUCGAUUUAAAGAGGAAACGAAUAUACGUCUCAGCGAACAAGCCCAAUAAGUUGUACUCAUUCACACCGAACGGUGUCGUCAUGAUCGACCUUGCUUUCGAUCAGCCAAUCACGAGCCUCGACCUUGACCCAGAUGGCAACAUUAUCGUCUGCAGCGGAACAGAAAUCGCGGCAAAACUGAAACAAGUGUCGGCAAACACUGGAAAGGUCAUGAGGGUUGUUGUCAUAGAAAUGCCAACUCCAAAACUGACUUGUUACAAUCGGAAAGGAUCGGAUUUUUAUACCGUUGAGAAUGGCAAGAAAACGAGACUGGACAAAUAUAGAUACAAUAAAAACAAUGAUGAAGAAAUCUUUGAUGACUAAUCAAGAGCAUUCGGUGUAACAUGUGUACCACUACCACAUAUUUGUUGUUUUGUUAAAAAAUAGUUCAUACAAUAUUAACUUAUUGAUUAUACUUUGUCUUGACUUUAGACAACUAUAUAUGAACUUUAAAGCAGUUACCAUUUGAUUUACAUGUAGCUGUGACUGACUAUGACUUAAAUGCAAUAUGUCUAAAAUGAUCAAGAGGUAUUCGGUAAACCCAUUCUGUUUACCUCGAAAAUUGAAUUAUUUGUCUAAGGCCAAAAAAAAAUAUGUUUGUUUAGGGUAACCUUCCCCAAAUUUCUAGGUAGGGUAGGUAGGGAUUUUUUUUUCAAAAUCUGUCGUAAGUUCAGAGUGUUUUCUUGCACAUGGCAGUCUUUUCUACAUUACUGUCAUUACCUGACUUUGUUUUAUCAUAUAAACAAUAAUUCUGAUUAAAAUCUGCAUUUAUCCACCCUUCGUAACUGUCUAUUCGCUAACGAAUAUUUUUUGCUCAGAAACGGAAAAAAAUAGUUAGGGUCGGUGCAUUUUUAUAGGUAGGGUCGGGUUACCCGAAACGGACAUAUUUUUUUUAGGCCUAACUAGAGUGAGAAACAAGAGAAUAUGACCAUGCUUAUUUGUUAAAUGUUGUUAAUUUCAUUUCUAUGUUGCCAUGGUUUCGGAGUAGAAGGUAAUUCUUUUUUAAAUAUAAUUAAAUAGUGUAUAUUAUUUCGACAAUCUUAGUGUUAUUUGUCAUUAUUGCACCAUUCACAUACACGGAUUUUACAGUCAGAGCAGAACUACCAUUGCAGCUACAAAGCGGAACAAUGUGAAAACACUGUGUGAAUGGCCAUUAAAGGUGUUAUGGGCUCCAUCUCAAAUGAGUUGCGCAAAUAUUCAAGAGGGUGGUUUCUUACUACAAGUGAGUUUUAGAGCACAACGAGAAAAGCAGUGUUGUCUACUUCAAGAUCAAAACUGCUCCAAAGGGAAUUUUCAUAACUCCAUAUUCAUUAUUUGUAGCCGACUAGUUUUUUCAUUCUUUAUUUUUAUUUUGCUUUCGGUAAAACGUUAAUAAACUAUUUUUAAUUGCCUCGAUAAUUUUAACGGUUGUAUUCGUUAUAAAAUAUGUGUUUAAGUUCCAUAUUAUAAUGCUAUAUGUUGGAAAAUGCUUUGGUGUCCGUACUAUUGGUUAUUAUUUUAUAAGUUUAAUAAUAAUCAAUUACAGGUUUUUGAUAUAAAACGCAGAAUAUUUUGGCCGAGGAUUCUCCUCGUGGCGGUUUGUCCACCCAGAUAAAUGUACAUUUUGUAUUUUGGGAAAUGUUAUUAUACACAUGCUAUUAACUCUUAUGUUUUAUUUUAGGACAUUUCGUAAAAACACUUUUCAUUCAAAGCUUGUGUUACGUUUUCCCUUCAUCCAUACGAGUUCGACCCGUCCUGUGCCUUAGUACCUUGGCGUUGGACAAUACAUAAAACG